UCGUUAAGAGACUCAUUCCUUAGCCCUUCCACACACAACACAUUGUGGGCGCUCUUCGUUAUACGUUUGUAUGAAAGAGAGAGAAAUUAAUCGCUGUAUAUGCGUUUCAUGACAAUUGAGCUCAGUAAGUCAGAACUUGUAGCUAGCAUGAGUCCAUUUGAUGACAGCGGAUAGUGAUGGCGAGUGGGAAUGAUAAGUCGAUGGCAGACAGCGCAUCAUCUGCUGCUGAACAACAGCGCUGCAUCGUGUGUGUCGCGGAGUGAUCUUCAAGAAAACGGCAGAAAAAAGAUCCGGUAAACCGCGAAGCACACUCGCGCAUCUGCCAAAGUGAUCAAAGACCACUGCGUAAGCAGAGAGCGCAGAUGCACUUGGCUAAAUCAAUUCCAGUAAUUAAUGAAAUAAUUAUACAUUUACUCUCACUCGUCGCGACCCACUUUAAGAAAGGCUGAACUAAAUAGUUUAUGAAUGCUGGUGCAAAUGCAAGACGAAUAUUCCACCUCCAAUAAUGAAGCUUCAAAACUAAAUGUACUGCAUUUUGCAAGAUUUGGAGUUAAAUCCCUGCCUAAUUGUAAUUUUCCAUUGGCUACUACUGGUAAGACACCCGUCACCUCCCUGUAUCCACGAGACAGGAAGUGUCGAUGAGCAUAGAAUAUAGAAAAAGUGGCAAAGCAACGUAGGUCUACAGUAAAUAUCAAAGGUCAGAAAACCCAGCGUUCUAUCAUCGGAGUAUGGUGCCAAUGACUAUAAUGUUGGAUUGUAGCCUACAUGAUUCUGUACAAUAAACAAUGUUGCAAAAAAAUGCAUGUUUGUGCUACACUGUGUCCAAUGAUAUCUGCCGCCAGGGGGACUCGACCCGUGCUGAACAUACUUCCCAAAUUCCAACGAGAACCUGGAGACGGUUACUGCUCCGUGACGAAAGAACUCCAUCCCGUCCCGUUACAAGGUCUCUCUGAUCACUGUUAUCUUGGCCUAAUGUCUGUCCGAGUGCCAUCCAUGAGUGUGCUGCCUCCUGUUCGAAGGGACCGCAUCAUUGCCCAGCUUCCUCAGUUUUACAGUAAGAAGGCUGCUGUGCACACUAAAGAUGAGUUCAACUCCAAAGUGAAGACUGCCUGCCAGGAGCAACGCACUGGCACAGUAGGUAGGUUUAGAAUUGCUAAGGUCAUAGUGGUUGGUGACCUGGCUGUGGGAAAAACAUGUCUGAUUAAUAGGUUUUGCAAGGAUGCAUUUGACAAGAACUACAAGGCGACUAUUGGCGUUGACUUUGAGAUGGAGCGGUUUGAAGUGUUGGGGGUGCCUUUCAGCUUACAGUUGUGGGACACUGCGGGGCAGGAGAGGUUCAAGUGUAUUGCUUCCACAUACUACAGGGGAGCUCAGACUAUUGUUAUUGUGUUCGAUGUAAAUGAUGUGGCAUCUUUGGGCCAUGCAAGGCAGUGGCUUGAAGAUGCCUUGAAGGAGAAUGAUCCUACCAAUGUCCAGCUUUUCCUGGUGGGCACAAAGAAAGACCUAAGUUCUCCUGCUCAGUACUCUCAGAUUGAACAGGAUGCCAUCGAACUGGCUGAGGAAAUCAAAGCAGAAUAUUGGGCCUUGUCAUCAUUGACUGGGGAAAAUGUGAGGGAGUUUUUCUUCCGUAUUGCAUCAUUGGCAUUUGAGGCCAACGUUCUGGCAGAGCUAGAGAAGAGUGGAUCAAGGCACAUUGGGGACGUUAUCAAAAUUAACAGUAAUUCAAACAACGUGUAUGCAACAUCAAAGAAGAAACAGUCAAACUGUUGUCAAUGAAGACAAACACGUGACUACUACAGUAAAAAGGUACCAAAGCAUAAUUUCCUCAGAAGAGAAACUGAGAACCACGGACCACUCCCAGACACAUGGAAUUUGCAGUGAGAGCUAGCAGACAGGACAGAGACUAGUGCCUUCACAGGCAUUUGAUUUUCAUUUCUGCUGGCCCGGAAAGAACAGCUCCUUGGUUGGAUGUGGAUUCCUGUGGUGCUUGGCUUAUUUUUGCCUAUCUAUAGUUUCGGAAUAUAAUUUCCUCUAUGUCAUUGCACUCCAUACUGUACAAUUCCAGUUUUUGAGUGUUGACAGAUUAUCGCGUUACUGCUUAAAUGGCUAUGGAUUAUGGACAACCAUGGAUGUUGUCAAAUACCUAAUAUGGAUAUUUUUAAGACACCACCAUUAGGCCUAUUAGAUUUUUUACAGUGUUGUUUUGUGUAGUGUUGUUUGCAUGCUAUAUGUUUUUUGCACAAUUUGUAACUAUAGCAUAGAUGGGAACUCGUGACUCCAUCCUGGGAGGUUAUAUUAUGCUAGCUAAGGAGUAUGAAUGCAUUGUUUGGAUAGUCCUAUUUUUAACAGCACAGAGGCGUUCAUACAGUGUGAGAGAUGUGUAUUAGUCAGAUGUACCUCGUCUACGUUAGAUAGAGACAAUAAUAUAACUGAGAAUGAUUCAUUUUGAAUUAUAUGCGAUAUUUGAAUGACUGAUCUUAUAUUAUCCCUCUAGUUGAAUAUCAGAAUCAGAGUGAAAUGUGCAUACAUACGUAUGUCUAGUUGUCCUUUUAGACAAGAAAUAUUAUUAAAGUUUUUUUUCUAAUAUGUUUAAUUGCAGAUGUAAGUUUUGACUCUAUAAAGAUAUACUGUAUAUUCAAAACUACUACACUUAGCUCAAAAUAUAGAUAUAAGCUUUAAAAUCACUGCUCUGUAUCAAAUCAAACUGCUGUUUAGCGGUAAUUAGACUAAUUCAAAGUUAUUAUUAAAAGUUCCAUAUAGGAUGA